AGUAACGCGGGAAAGCGUACCGCACACAGUCGCGCGGUGCGUUCCAUAUUCAAAGUUCAAAAUUCCUUUGUUUGAUGUCACAUGUAGUUUAAAAAAGAUUGUUUUACAAUAUAAAAGUGCAAUUUGUGAUUUUUAUAGUGGAAUGAGAUGAUUUAAUAAAUUAAAAAGCAAUAAUUUGAUUGUUUUUUUUUUAAUAUCAAGGAAUGGCGGAAUGGAAACUGCGCAGAGGUUCUGAAGAGCGAUAGCGCACAACAAAAUGGCCGCUUCCGGUAAUGUCACGUUAGCGAAAGAUGGCGCGCGAUUGCAUCCGUAUUUAGUGGCGUUGGUACGUUGGUGUAUAUCUUCAUUUUGGAGUACAGCUUCAAUUCUCAUUCACCGACUUCUGACCACUCCAUUGCCGCCAAUUGCAGCCUCGAAGCCUCCCAAGCGGCCGGCGAGUUCUGAACACUUACAUCCAGAGCCCCGGGUCGAUUGCGUCGUGUUACACCAGCCGGCCGACCACGAAAUUGAUGUCAUCUUUGUCCAUGGGUUAUAUGGAUCCCUGGGCAACACGUGGAAACAAGGCGAAUGGAGAUCAAAGUACAAAGACGCGCCACAAAAGCAACCGCUCCGGCGGCACUGCGAUGCGGACGAAAGAAAUAAACGCGCGGACACAAGCAAAAACGACAGAGAAAAGAAGAAAAGACGAUACACCAGACUAGACGAAGCGAAGCUUAGAAACGAAUUGAGUCACAUGCUCAAAAAAGAAAAACAAAACUCGCUUUGCAUUCCAGAAUACAGCAUAGAACCUUCUAGAAGGGCCUCUCUCUGGCAGAACAGCGCCGGAUUCAUGUUCUACUCGGUUCCGCACCGCGGCUCACCCUUGGCCGAUAUCAAAACGCCAAUCACGGCGAGGAGUAUCGAGUUGUUGGAGAUAUGUAAUAACUGUUCUCUCCUCCUCUCCCUGCAAGAGCGCUGGCUGGUCGCCACGCAGGGCGCUAGGCCCGCGGUCCGCAGUCUGGUGGAGACGGGGCGCACGCUCAUGUCCGUGCUGUGGUUGAGGAUAGUCAGCGUGGACUCUGCUGAUCCAGGGAGGGGCGCUCUUUAUGGCGUGUCAGUAGACCAUAGAGAAAUAUGUAAACCGACAAGUCGGAAUUGUUUAUUGUACACAGAACUAAUGCAUCUUAUGAGUACAGCACUUAGUAAAAAAACGAAAGUGUCUGUGAUUGAUCAUGACUUUUAAAAAGUCAAUAAACGGACUGAGACUGUCAUGAGAAUUUGUAAAACUUCUACAAUCUAAAUAUAUACAAAACAAUCGUGUGGCAACAAGCAACAACGUUGAAUGACCAUGUUGCGGAAUCGCCAAUGCAUGUUGCUGGCAACAUUGCGUGUUGCAGAGUGGAUGACGUACGUCGUCGCUCACCCUAGAGGCGACAAUAAAGGGGACAAUAAGUGCUAAAAGCGUAUUUUAUAAUGCCUAAAAGUAAAGAUCAUUUAAAUUAAAAAUGAAAGAGACAAAUAUACAUAGACAGAUAGUGUGUUGAAAACAUAAGCUAUAAACAACAGAAAUUCACAAAAAUCACAAGGUCACCUCUAAACUUUUCUUUUGGCGAUUUAAAAUCAUCCUAAUAUUCGGUAAAUCAUUAUUUGUAAAAAUAAUGAUUCUUGAAAAAUAUUAUCGUCAAUAUAUUAUAGUGAUGUAUUCUCUUAGUACAAUCAAUAGAUGUUUAGUAAAUCGCGUAUUCUUAUUUAUAAGCGAUACUACGUACAUAUGUGUGCGUGCGGCACUGUGUACCUACACAGCCGGCCGAGACCGGUGAUUGGUUGAUUGUAUGUGUGUGUACGCGUCAUUAAUGAAGAUUCCAGAAAUAUUUUCGAUCAAACCACAAUAACUAUGAACACAAGGUUUUAGUCUCUUUUUGAGGUUAUAAAAACGAAUGACGCUUUUAAAUGUUAACAUGAUUAUAUCAACUUUAUUUUUUUGUAACUUGAUAUGUGUAAAGCAAAUUUCUCUAUAAAUCUACGAAAUGAAAUGUGCAUUUUAAUAAUUUACGAAUAAUCACAUAUUUUCAUUUGGCAUGUUAUUUCAAAUCGAAUAAAGUUCUACACUCUAAGUAUAUUAAGUAUUGAAUUAAAUUGUUAUGGUUUUUUGUUUUUAUUGUGCCACAGUAUUUAAAUCACAGUAACAUUUAUUACACGAUAUAUUAUUCAACACAAGUAAUAAUUUUUACACCUUAGGCUCUUUUUUAACUGUCACCGUUAAAUGGUAAACACCGUCAGAUUACAAUAUCGCAAUUCAGAUUAAUUCCUUGCAAUAUUGUAAUCUGUCAAAAAAACUGUGAUCCGGAACAUACUGCUUAUAAUUAAACGCAUUUAAAUUGUGAAAUGUACAUUCGAUAUGACGGAUGAGGUUAGGUACGGUUUAGAUUAAAACUACGCAGAAAUAGGAGACCCAAAGCUUAUACUCCGUCGACUUGCACCGACGUUUGGGAAGAGUUAAUUACAUUAUAUUAUCGAAAAAUAUUCACAUUAUAGUUAUCGAAAAAUAAUGCCUCAAAUUCCAAAUGUUACGGAUCACAAUUUGCAAUAUGCUAGUUAUUCUAUUAGUCUUUAUAAUCUAAUGGUGUGAUAUCUAAUAGUCACAAUAUUUUAAGGGCACGCUUUCUUAUAAAUAGGCAUCGAUCUUGUAUCUUACGAUUUAAGAUAAAUUAUAGCACUAAGUAUAAUGUACAUAGCUGAGACAAUAAAAUAUUAAUGUAUAAACGAAUAAAUACUUUUGCCAUGUAUUUUUUUUAUUUACCGAUUGAAAAUAUGCUAGAAUUAUGCAUAAAAUGUAUAAUUUAGGAUAGAGUAUAUCUUAUGAAUUAUGGUGAGACACUUCAAAGUAUAUUUUAAAAGUUACAGCGAAUUUCGCUAUUAUAUGGAUAUCAUUCAAUAAGUAAUAUGUGGAUAAUUUAAGUAUUACGUACAUAUAAAAUAAAUUGUUUGUUUUAUGA